UAUCUCCAGGCCAAGCCUUAAGAUGUCUGUCACUGAAGAGAAAAACAAACAGGGAUGGGAGCCAGAUCAGACAGACAACACGAAUGCUGCAGAAAUAAGCUUCCUGAAGCACACCGUGGACCUGCUGCAGAUCCAGUUCCAGUGCUGCGGCAACGCCAGCUUCAGAGACUGGUUCCAGAUAUCGCUGGCUUCAGAGACUGGUUCCAGAUACCGCCGGCUUCAGAGACUGGUUCCAGAUACCGCCGGCUUCAGAGACUGGUUCCAGAUACCGCAGGCUUCAGAGACUGGUUCCAGAUAUCGCCGGCUUCAGAGACUGGUUCCAGAUACCGCAGGCUUCAGAGACUGGUUCCAGAUAUCGCAGGGAGGUGGUGGACUGACGGUGCUGACGGGGGUGCGUUACCUGCAGACAUCCCUGGAGAACGUGCUGAGACAGGGGGACCCAGACUCAGAGUCAGACGGCUGGCUUCUGGAAAACAGCUUUCUGGAGACAGCCCGUUCCAACUUCAAUAUCAUAAAGAGCCUGGGAAAGUGCAACCAGAUUGACACAGCCAACAAUGGCGAUCCCAACAUCGAUGUCCCCUCCGCAGCCCACUAUGGACCAGACAAUGUGCCCCCAAAGUAGAUACCUGUGGCCAGUUGACCCCUGCUCUAACACUUACGUUGAAGAGUCCACUCCACAGGGUCAUAAAAAGGUGAAGGACCAUGCAAUACACAUCAACAGUCAGUUUGUCCAAAGGACAGGAAGUGCCACGAGCAAUAAAAGCGACAUAAAAGCUUGCCUGAAAGAAACAUUGUGGCGGCAUAUGACUUGCUAACACUACUUUGCAAACCAAGCAAUGUUGGUAAGAGGGAACAUUGCCAUUGUAAGAGGGAUUUGGUGAUAUGACAGUCUGCAAAUGUGUUUGCAAAAGGAGACAUCCAAUAGCAGAUUGGUACAGAACAGAAUAUCGUAAUAGAUAACAUGGAAAUGUAUAGUAGAGAUUGUUUAGCAAGAACAUACAAACAAAAUCCAUGUGCCAUUGAUUCUAUGCCAUGAUGUAAUGCCUUGUUACCUCUUUUCAUAUACUCAUAUCAACAAAUUAAUUUAAGAGUGAAAGCCAAACUGUGCUUAUGCCGCCUUUACCUUUACUCACCCCUUAACAGUGGGGUAUAUUCAUGGAUGCCAAGGAA